UAAAGUGGUUUCUUUCUUAUCUAUAUAUACAUAAUUCUUUCUUUGUGUAAAAUCAUCUGUUUGGGUUGCUUGUGCCAAUGGCCGGAAUGCUUCCUGGCGUUGAAUGUGCUCGAAGGAAGCGAUUCCAUCAAGGAGGAAGCUCGGCGGAGCCACUAGGCAUAGCUGGACACAACCGGACGAGGCGCACGUCUUUCUGUCUAUACACAAGCAGCCAUGAAACCCAUCUCAAUUCAAGCUCUUCUCUGCAAAGAACCAAGUCGAACCAGAGUCUUUUAGAUGAGAAGCUCGAGGGAGUGGCUAGAGAAGCCAAGGAGAGAUUGGAUAAGAAGUUGAGAAACCCAAGAAAACCAGAAAGAAAAAGGCAUGACAGUAAAGGGAGCUUGAAGUGUGAGGAUGGUGGCCAUGGUUUACACUCUGUUAUAUUUGAAAGUAUGCAAACAGAAAGGUUUGGAUUGAAGACAGGCCACUCGAGAAAGAGAUUCAUUUGGGCAAUGUUGGGAUGGAAAUCCUCAGAACAAGACCAGUGUGUAGUGUGCUUAGAGGCUUUCAUGGCUGGUCAGACCCUUGUUCAUCUUCCUUGUGCACAUAGAUUCCAUUCGAGAUGUUUGGAGCCAUGGCUUGAGAACAAUUCUCAUUGCCCUUGUUGCAGGAUGGGAAUCUUAUCUUAGGGCAUGUACCUCUCUUGUCUGUGAAGAUAUCUAUCACAGUUGUUCAUUACAAAGAAAUGUAUAUUCAAGUUUCACUUGUA